AUGUUGAGGCAAAGUCUUGUGCCUGACGGGCAGCCUCUUGCUAUUAAAUGUUCACUGGAAGAGAGCUUGAAAAGUAGAGACUACAACUUAACGUGGUAUAAAGUUGGUAACCAGACAGCUGUGCCUAGAGACAAACUUUCUAGAAUUCAUCAGCAGAAGAAUUUAAUUUGGUUUCUCCCUGCAAUGUUAGAAGAUUCUGGAGAGUAUGAAUGUGUCAUAAGUUGCAGGAAUUUGACAAGCUGCAGGAAAAUGUGUACAAAAGUAACAGUUUUUAAGAGGAUUGAUGGUUUAUGCUUAAAUGAAAAAUUUGCUGUAGAGGAGGUGAUAUUCACAUUAUCAUCUGCAAAGGUUGUGUGUCCACACUUGGAUUAUUUCAGGAAGGAGAAUAUUCAGCCUGUUUAUUGGUAUAAGGACUGCCAGCUGCUGGAAGGGAAAAGGUUUGCCUUCUCAAACAGUGAUCUUAUCAUUUUCAAUGUGACUGUAAAUGAUCAAGGAAACUAUACAUGCGAAACAACAUAUGCCUACAAUGGAAAACAAUAUAACAUUUCACGAGACAUCAGACUGAGUGUAGAAGUGAGCCCACCAAAAAAGCCACCAGAAAUAUCUUAUCCAAGAAACAACUCCAUUGAAGUGGAACUUGGCUCACAGGUUACAGUGGAUUGCAAUACAACAGGUGCUGAUGGGUAUGAGGUGUUUUGGACAGGCAACGGUGUGUAUAUUGAUGUAUUUUAUAUGAGCAGAAUUUUUGCAAGUCCUUAUGAGGAGGAAACUUCUUAUGAUGGACGCCCUGUGCUUUCUGUGAAGCUAAUAAUAUUGGAAGUGAAUAGUGAAGAUUAUGAACAACCGUUUGUCUGUCAAGCUUCAAAUGCCUUUGGGCAGGUUGCAUCGUAUAUUAUAUUAAAACACAGAGUUCCUGAUAUACGAAGAUGGCUGACUGGAGGGCUUGUCUCUUUGUUAAUUUUAACAUUUAUUACUUUAAUAAUCUACAAGAUUUUCAAGAUUGACUUGGUGCUUUGGUACCGUAAUUCUGUCUGUGCCUUUGCAAGUAAGGAAGAUGGGAAAAUCUAUGACGCAUAUGUCCUGUACGCAAAAAGCAAUGGAGGCAGAAGCUCCUAUCGUCUGGAAACCUUUGUUUGUAGAAUACUCCCUGAUGUUUUAGAACAACAAUGUGGAUAUAAUCUCUUUAUAUUAGGAAGGAAUGAUUUACCAGGAGAAGCUGUGGUCAGUGUUGCUGAUGAAACCCUUAAGCAAAGCAGAAGACUGAUGAUUGUUUUGGGAUCAGAAAUGUCUAGUUGCUGCCUGUUAGAAGGUGCCUCUGAACAACAACUAGCUAUGUAUAAUGCUCUCAUCCGUGAUGGGAUUCAAGUGAUUCUUAUAGAAAUGGAUGAAAUACAGGACUACACAAGCAUGCCGGAAUCAAUCAAAUACAUUAAGCAAAAACAUGGAGCUAUCCAAUGGAAAGGCGACUUCUCAGAGAAAUCUUGUUCAGCAAAUACAAGAUUCUGGAAAAAUGUGCGCUAUCAAAUGCCAUCCAGGAAGAAGGUAUCUUAUUCUGAAGUGUAUUUGUUGCCCCUAACUUUGAACAAUUCUGCAGAAAAGGGAAGUUAA